CGUUCAGUCGAACAUAUCCGUUUAGCGCGAACGCUCGGGAGUAUACCGUGUGCGCCAAAAAAGCACACCUCCCACCAGUAGUGGUUAGUCGUAGUUUGCAGGAACAAAAUAUAUAUUAUAUAUAUUAUAUUAUAUACGUGUAUAUAUAUAUAUAUACAUAUAUAUUAUUAUUAUUAUUAUUAUAUAUAUUAUAUACAGCAACAACAACAACAAUAACAACCAUCCAAAAUCACGUAUAAUAAUAUAUAUAUAUAUAUAUAUGUGUAUAUAUAUUUUUAUAUAUCGCCUUUAAUAAUCGCCGUUUUAUCAAAAAAAAGAAUUUGACGCGUCUUGUAAAAAUCGAGUGUACAUCAUUACGACAUCGGUCGUGUGAAUCGCCGACACCACCGCUGCCGUCACCGCUGCCGGGUUAACCACCACCGCAACGGACACCACGUGAACAUCAAAUUCGUAUUCAAUUUCGUGUUAUAUAAUAUAUAUAUAUAAUUGUGUGUACGCGUGCUUAUAUUAUCUCGGUCUCUCCGUUUUUGUUUCUCGGCUUACGUGUGUGUCUCUCUCUCUCUAUUUCUCUUCUGUGUGUGUGUAGUGUGUAUAUUAUACGCGGGUGUCACUCUCCGCACAGGAUUCUCUCUUGCGCCGGUCGAGUCGUCAAGAUUUACGACGAAAAUCAAUUUUAAUUUUUCGAAAUCAAUCCGUUCGCUAUCCGCCGGUCUUCGUGCCAUUCGCUUUCGCCGUCGCCCGAUCGAAUAAAAUCGAAACCACGUGAACUGUGCAGCAGCAGCAGCAGCAGCAGCAUAAAAUAUAAUAUCAACCGGCUCGUUCGCGUUUAUAUUGCACACGUCGGACACGACACACACUCGCCCACGACACACUUAUCGCGCUUCACCCUUUCGUUCGGUCGUCGCCAAAAGUUAACGCACACACGCACACAUACACACACGCACGCGUGAGUUAUUAUUGUUGUUAUCGCAUUAUAUCGUCUGUACGAUGGAAUCGCAGAGCGCACAGGACACAGUGACCGUGGCCGCGGAGGUGCCCAACGACCCUGGGAAAAUGUUCAUUGGCGGUCUUAGUUGGCAGACCAGUCCAGAAUCAUUGAGAGAGUACUUCAGUAAGUUUGGAGAGAUAACUGAAGUUAUGGUUAUGAAAGAUCCAACAACUCGUCGAUCAAGCCGUGUUGCUGUAGCUGAUCAGACCGCUGGAAACGAAAACGAGCUGAAAUAUGUGUCAAGGGGAUUCGGGUUCGUUACUUUUGCAGAUCCGUCCAGCGUGGACAAAGUUCUGGCACAAGGAUCACAUGAGUUGGAUGGCAAAAAAAUUGAUCCGAAAGUGGCAUUUCCACGACGAGCACAUCCGAAGAUGGUGACUCGAACGAAAAAAAUCUUUGUCGGUGGUUUGUCGGCGCCAACAACGUUAGAAGACGUCAAAAACUACUUUGAACAAUUUGGACCGAUUGAAGACGCGAUGUUAAUGUUCGACAAACAAACAAAUCGACACAGAGGUUUCGGUUUCGUGACUUUCCACUCGGAAGAUGUAGUAGAUAAGGUCUGCGAAAUACAUUUCCAUGAAAUCAACAGUAAAAUGGUGGAGUGUAAAAAAGCGCAACCGAAGGAAGUGAUGCUGCCGGCCAACCUGGCGAAAACGCGAGCUGCUGGCCGCGGGACUUACGAUUUUAUGUGGCCAUUGGGGACCUUGCCUGACGGUUUUCCGGCGGCUGCGUACGCGGCUUAUGCCUCUAGCCGAGGUUUUUCGGGUUACCCUAGUUUCGGACUCUCGUAUCCAGCAGGGGUCGCCAUUAUCGGGACCAGGCCUCGGUGCGGUAUUACUCCAGCCCAAUGCCAUAACGUGAUGAGCAAUUACCACCAUCAGGCAGCCGCGGUCGCCGCCCAAGGUUUCGGGCCACCAGCGUCGCCGCACACCGGCGGCCCCGGCAACCCGCGGGCCGCCGCAUUCCCGCCGGCCACGUCGCCCGGCCCCGGCGCCCCGUCCACCAUGGACAUGUACAGCUCGAACCCGGCCGAUUACGUGCAAGCAGCGUCACCGCAACCGUCCGCGUUCCCCGCGAUCGCCGUCUCACGUGCGCCCAUUAAUUACAAUCCUGUAGGGGCCUUUGAUUCCGGCCGCUUUUACCAAUGGGUACCACUGAACAACGCUAGAGUCAAUAAAUUUCUUCCAUCGUAAGGUUGACCGAUAUUAGUCGCCCCUAUGCGUGUGAUUGACUCAAUAACUCACAACUAUCACCAGAGAUAUAUAUAUAAACGUCUCACUCACUCUCACUUACACCAAAGGUUUUCUUUCUCAAUAAUGCUAUUAAUAAUAAUCGUUUCUAUAUAUUAUAUAAUAAUUAUAAUGAUUAAAAAUUUAAAAAAAAAACAUGUUUUAUUAUAUUAAUAAUGUUUAUAUUAUGAUAACAAAUAAAAAAAAAUAAUAUAUAAGAUAAUUACAUUAAAGAAAAAAAAUUAUUAUAUUCGUUUUUUUUUUUCUAGGGUUUUUAUUAUUAUAUAAAUGAAAUUACCCAAAAUAUGUAAAUUUAAUAAUAUUACUUUAAUACUUAUAUUAUAUAAUAAUAAUAACUAUACCUAAACUAAUUAUAAUCUCUGAACGAUAAAUCAAACCAGGAAAUCAGAAAAAAAAUUGUCGCGUGUUGCUCAUUAUAAUUAUAAGGGCGCAGCCGUAUAAUAAUUGUAGAAUAGAAAACAAUCAAGACCAUCUAUUAAGAUCUCAUAGUGAAUUACACACACAAUAUAAAGGUAGUAGUAAUAAUGAAGAAAACUGUUAUAAUAUCAACUGCUGUCGAAUCGACAAAUAUUUCGCGAUACCGUAACAAUAUAACUCAUAACAAUAAUGCGUAUAAUAAUAUUAUGUACCUAUGGUAUGAACUACGAUAGGUAUAUAAUUAAUAUUAUUAAAAUCAAAUUUUCUUUAUCGAGGUGAUUUUAUUACUUCGAUCAAAUGCUAUGUCUACUUCCUAGGUCAAAUGCGCUUCGACACUGGACGAUUCGGCGUCCUACUAUUAACCUCCAUAUACAAAAUACCUGAUCGAUUCAUUGAUCGCGACUCGUGACGACAUUCGAUGUCUUGUUAUUAUUAUUACCUAAUCACAUUUUUAUUACCACGGAAACUGGUUCAAAACUACAUUUAUUAUACAUCUUCAUUUUUCUCGUCCUAUGCUAUGAAAAAAAUGACAAUUAAAAAUACGCGUCAUAAAAUAGAAAACAUUUUAAAACGUAAAAGUUUAUCGAUCGAGCACACUACUAAACGAUAUAAAUUGUUUAUAAGUUUAAUUUUUAGGUUGAUUAUAUUAAUAAUAUAAUAAUUAUUAUUUACGUAUUUAUUGUUUAUUUACUAUAAUAAUACAUAAUGGAAAAUUAUAAUUACUUAUCGAACCGACGGGUAAAUGUUUUAUUAUUAUAAUGGUUAUAAUUAUAAUAAUCACACGAUGACGGACACUCGUCAUGAGUGUAAUUUUUUUUUUGGUUUUUUAUAACUAUAAUAUUAUAAUGGGCCACAAUAAUAUUUUUAAUUCACCUCUCCCUCAAAUAAAAUACCACCACCGCCUCCACCAUCAAUACCUCCACUUUCACCGCCACUAAUUUGAUGUGUGAAUUAUUUACGGUUUUAUUUUUUUUUUCGUUUUUGCUAUUUCAUAUUUAUUUAUUUACGGUGAUAAUCAAAUUUUUGUUUUAUAAAUAUAAUUAUUAUUAUUUCGUUUUUUUUUUUUUUGACGAACAAUUAUUAUGAUAAACCAAUAGACUAUAUUAUAUUAUAAUUAUUAUUAUCAUUAUUAUUAUUAUUAUUAUUAUUAUUAUUAUAAUAUGUUUGUUACGUAUUUUUAAAAUUAUUCUUUGUCAUUGAUUUUUUUUUUCGUUUUUUCGUUUUCUUUUUUUUAAUUUGUUAUCAAAAUAUUGAAUUAAAUAUAAUUGUUGUUAUAAUAUUAUUGUUAUUACGGUUUUAAAACGUAUCUUUAAAUUAAUAAUAAUAUAAUUCGUCAAUAGUUUAAUUUAACAUUACAUAUACAUAUUAUAAUUUUUCUUUUCUUCUUUUAACUUAUCUUAAAUAUGACCAAGUGUAUUUUGUUUGUUUUUUUUUUUUGGAUUUCCCCACUUUCCCAAAUCCCCACCCUACCCCGUUCGAAUAAAUAUAAAAUGUAUUGUAUUAUAAUAUUAUACAACACAAUGUAUUUAUAAUAUUUAUGAAUAAUUACAAUUAUAAUAGCUAUAUAUAAUAAUAUAAACGUUCUGUUUCUUUAAGCAUAUAACACCAAUCAAUCACAUAGUCCAUACAAUAAUAUAAUGUGUUGUCAUCUGUACCGUGAUUUGUUAUAUAUAUAUAUAUAUAUAUAUAUAUAUGCACUCAUAUAUUUAAUAUUUUAGUAUUGACCGUGUUCAAACGACUGUCUAUUUAUGAGUACAUUUUACCUAUAAUAUAUAAAAUACAACAUUUACGGCGUGAAUAAAAAAAAUGAUUAUCCGCAUCAUUUUCGCGAAGUUUAGUUUUAUGAAAAAUCUGCUUCGUUCGUUAUUGUCUUGCGACCGUUUUUGUGCGUGAACAGCUGAAGUUAUCUCACAAAAAUAGUUUCCAAAAAUCUAUCUUACGAAGGCCGAUCAUACAUGUUCGUGCAGAUAAAUACGCAUCUAUAUCGUGUCAUAUUUUCUUAAACUACUUCAAUGUUCCCACCACUACUAACACUACUCUCGUACGCAUACACGCAAGAGCUAUAUUUUUUUCUAAGAUUUGUCACUCUUAAAAUAAUAUAACUAAAUUAUCAGACGCUCACCGCCGAGCAUUAUCUUAAUCCUCCUCCUUUUCCUACUAUUUCAUUAUGUGACGUCGUGCCCUGAUCGUGUAUCAACAAACAACAACAACAACAACAAUAAUAAAAAGGAGAAGAAGAUCAAUAACAUUUGAUCUUUUAUCAUAGACUAUUUUAUGAUCUAAACAUUUUAUAAUUAAUUUUAUGAAUAGUUUGUAAAUAGGAAGGCCACUACUUCACGCGCCGAAAUCUCAAACGCCACAUCGGGUGUUUUCAUUAUCCAUAAUUCGCGGUCAGGCACGUUACUAGACGAUAUUUUUUUGGAUGACAUCGUCUUUUCACAUUCAUUAAGUAUAAAAGUAUAAUACCAGUGAUCGAAAUAAAGUACAUGUUAUUCCACAUAAUUCUGUUCACAUAUUUCAAUCCUCUAAAAAAAUUUCAUUAAAAAAUUAAUCUGCCCUUACAAUCAAUUUCAUAAAUGUGUUUUAUAUUUCGUACUCGGGUGACUAACCCGAGUAUAUAUUUAUUUUAUAUUUAAUGCAAAUGAUUAAAAAUCAAAACUUAAAGUUAUAUUGUUGAUAUUAGAUUACAUUAUUUGAAAUACACGUUAUACACGUAGGUGGCUCGUUUUAAUAUACUUUAUUGUACCUAUUGCAGACAAAUCAUGAUUUUAUUCAUCAUUAAAUACAUACAUUUCACGACGGCUUGGCUGUAUUAUAAUAAAAUUCUAGUUAUAUUCCACGAAGUGACUUGCACAUCCGUCAAUACACCUAUCCAACUAUCGGAAAUGAUUAUGGCGUUGUUUGUUUUUAUUUAUUUUCAUAGAUUUGAUGAAUUUUCCAUAAACUUUUUAUUUUCAUCGACGUUUUCCAUUAAUGUUAUUGCAGUAAUUGCGUGAAAUUAUUUUUAUAAUGCUUUCCGAUUCCCGAUGAAACUGUUUAGUAAAAUAUUAUGUUAGACAUUUUUUUGUGCUAGGGUAUGUUUAUUUUUUCAACAUUUUUGAAUAUCAUGAUUUUGCAAUUAUUUAAAAAAUGGCUCGUUUUCACGAAAAGAUUCCGGACCCUAGCUUUAGACUAAAAACAAACAUAAGUCCCGCUAUUUAAUAUAAUAUACUGGCGGCUAUAAUACAAAAUGUGAUGUAGUUGUUUGAGUUAGUCGUGAAAUCUGUGGAUUAUUAUUGAAGAGUUUAAUUAUAAUUUGUAGUAGGUACGCAAUUUAUAUGGUUUUCCAUUUAAAAAAGUACACCAGCAAUAUAAUAAUAUUUUUCUUUACAUAAUAUCAAUAUACUUAACAAUGCUACUUCAUCAAAUCACAUCUUCAAAACAUUCCUACAUUAAAUUCAGACUUUUCUAUUUAAUAUUUAAACUACGAUAAACGAAAUCGAAAAGCGUUUAUAUUAUUUUGAAAUAAAUAUGAUCAUUGGUAUACAAAAAUAAAAUGAAUACCCCGAUAAAAUAAAAUGAAAAAGCUUUUUUGUAAAUAGAGUAAAAAUGCUUUACGAAUAAAAUAAUAAACUUAUAAUAACAUUAUUAAUAAAAAUAUGUACUUAUAUUACUAACGAUAAAUUAUAUUUGAAUAAUAUUGUGUACAUAUUUUCGUAUCUAAUUAAUUUAUAUUAAAUCUACAAUCUACAAUAAAUUGUAGAAACAUUUUUAAAUAUUUAUAUAUAUAUAUAUUAUAUAUAAAUCAUUAUUAUUUAUUACCUAUUACAUUUGUCACUAUGACUAAAUAAAAUAUAAUAUAAUAUAAUAUAGCUAUAAAUAAUAAAUUUAAAUAAUAAUUUUUAAAUAUAUAUUAGGUAUAUUAUUAGAUUAUAACCUAUUUUAGGCACACUCACACACGCGCGUGUUUGUAGCAUUGUGGUUCAUUAUAAAAAACAAAUCGCUCUUGUAUUGCUCUAUUAUAAUAUAAUAUACGAUUGCUUUUAAAAUAUUAAUUUAUACACUGUUGAGUGAUUUCAUUUAUAAUUAUAACGAUUUUUCUUUUUUUAUUUUUAACAUGUGAUAUUCAUUAUUAACAUUACGUAAGACUAAUAAAAUAUGUAUAAAAAAAAAAAUUCGCUAUACCUAUGUAUUGAACCCGUUAUGAAAUGUAUUCUCAUUUUUUUUUUUUUUUUCGGUUACUGGGCCCCCGUAAAGGAAAAUACAACAAUAAUUGAUUCAAACGUUUGUAUGUUAUUUUAAUAGGUAAAUAUUUCUAGACACAUACUAAUUAUAAUUUAUAGCCAUAUUAAUAGUAUUCCUUACUUUUUAGGAACUAUAUCGUAGAAUUUUCAUGAAAUUAACUUUAUACAGUAUUGUAUAGUCAAGUUAUUAUUUUCCCUUUUAUUUGAAAAUAUUAAGUUAUAUAUACACGAUGCGUUUGAUAUAAUUUAAUAUUAUAAUAUUUACAAAAGGAUAAAAGAAGCUCAAUUUUUUUUUAACACUAACGAUAUUUUAUAUUUUGUCUUGAAACUUUAAACUACCUAUAUACCUACGUUUGCAUCGUACAUUCUAUCCCAUUCCCUCUAACCAAACCCUCUCCCUCCUCUCUCUCUAUAUAUAUAUAUGUAUAUUGUAUGCAUACAUUUAGAAGUAAAUAAGUAAGUCGCACACCUAUGCCAUACGGUAUAAUAUACAUGUUAUAUCCGAUUUCGACCCAAUAAUGAUAUAUAUAAUAUGUGAAACUUGAUAAUAAUAUUGACGAGAUUUUUAUACAAUCUUUGUCUAGUAACAAUGGCAAUUCAAUACCAUAUCAAUGCUAAACAUCUGAAACUAAUGUUUAGCAAUUUAUUAUGGCAAUAAUUAGCGUAUAGUAGUAUACACGAUUUUUUUUUAUAUAAUAUAUAUAUAUAUAUGUAUAAUUAUAUACAUUUUAUAUAUACAUAAUAUUAUAAACUUAUGGUACCAAUAAAUAAAUGAAUAAAUAUGUAAUAUUAUACUAUGUUAUGCCGCAAUAAAACGCUGUGAUUCUGAUGUGAAAUCCGGUACUAAUGUGUGCGCGCGCAAGUGCGAUUUUCAAGUUUUUUUUUAAAUAUAUUAUCGAACACUGGUAAAUUAAAAACAAUAUAAGAUUUAUAUUAUUAACACGUUUAUGACUGUUGUAAAAAAUGUACUUAUUUUUUUUUUUUAAUCCAUAAACGUUUUAAACUUAUUAUUAUACAUCAAAACGAUUUAUAGAACUAUACAUAUAACUAUACGUAUUUAAUAAUAAAUUAUUACUUUAAAUCUGUAACUAAA